AAAAAUUUCAAACUCAAAAGUGUAAAUUAGAAAUAUGAUAACAAAAAUGAUAACAACUCAACUCAAAAGUUUAUUGUUUUGUGUUUUUAUAAGGAAAAGUUUUUUUAUCCAAAAGUCGUAAAUUAGUUAUCGUAAAAUUUGAGAGUUAAAUAGUUAAUAAGUGAUAUUAUGGAGCAAGAAUAUGCUAAUAUACUAUGGGUGAUAAAGUAUUGCAUCAAAAUACUAUAUCCAAAGUUCAACUUUUAUAUAUUUAUGGCGUUCCUUGCAAUAAAAUUUAGAUAUUAUCAAAACAGAAAUAUAAACAGAAAAAGGCGAAACAUGUUUAACCUCAAAAGUCGACCAGAUAAUAUUUUAAAAUCGAUAUUAAAGGAACAUGUUUCAGAUAAUUAUUUACAAAUUCUAGGACAAAAAUGUAUAAUAAUACCAAAAGACGAAUUUAUAGAUCUUUGCGUUGAGAACUUUUUUUACGUAGACAAUGGAGUUUUGUGGGUCACAUUGUCUUUGACAUCUGAAGAAAAAGAGAGACAUAAAACCGAUAAUAACAUAGAUAAAUUUUUAAAAUUUAACUUAGGCACAAGUGAAUUACAUAAGAAAUUAUGGUCUGGUUUUAUAGAAUCCAUAGAUAAUGUAAGAAUUGUAUCAGUUGUUGGGUCUAAAUUAAUAGAAGAAAACACUGCUUAUACUAGUGAAUCUGAAUUGCACAACAUUAAAGCCUCCUUUGGACUUAAAAACACUGAUAAUUUUGAAAUUGCCUUCCAUCCAAUGCAUACAUUUGAAAUGAGUCCAAAAAUUGCUGCAGUAGCUGAGGUGAAUCUAAUAGUAAAUGAUUAUAAUUUGGACAAUGACUUUGUCAAAGAGGUAUUAAAUAAUUAUUUUGAAAAGCCUAAGUUGGUUAGUGUAAAUGAUAUUAUAAGUAUAGAUCUCACUCCUGAAGUUACUGUUAAAUACCACUAUAAAUACUUGGAUCUCAUAGAGUCUAGUGGAAAGGUGGUUUUCAAAUGCUCAAAGCUCUCUUGUAAAAAUACAGAUGAGAACACACAAGCAAAUGUCAUAAGAACAUUUUACAUUGUAAAAGGAGUCACACAAUUGACUCUGGGUGACAAUACACAUUCUGUGCGACCUAAAAAUGAAUAUUAUUCCCUACCUGGAAAUAGCAGUGUGUCUAUUACACAUGCAUGCCCUCUCGGCCUAAAAAGAAUUUUUAAUGAAAUUCAAGAAACAGUACAGCCUUUUUUAACUGGUGACAUAAAUACACUUUCUGAUGCUAUGUCCAGUCCUAUUCUACCAUUAUUGCUUCUGACUGGUGCCAUCGGUUCUGGACGCCAUUUAUUAGUUAAAACAUUAGCUAAAUGUAAUGGUCUCAACUGUGUACCCAUAGACUGCAAUGCUCUACAAAGUUCUACAGCUAAGCAAACAGAGAGCAAAAUAUAUGCAUUAAUUCAGAAAGCCAAAGAAGCUGCACCAACCCUAGUUUUGUUAGAUAAUUUUGAGAUAUUUGCAGUUGACCCAGAGAACAAUGAAGACCAAAGAGUAAUAGAAUAUUUCAUGAAUUCUAUAACAGAUCUCUAUCAGAACUAUACAAAGCAUUCCAUAAUAUUCAUUGCACUUACAGAGAAUCGUGAUUUAAAACCAAACAUUAUGCGGCUAUUUUUAGAAAAAUUUCACAUACCAAAACUUAGUGUCCACCAAAGAAAUGAAAUAUUGCAAUGGUUCACAUCUAUCAUGGACAUUAAUAUCGAUAAUAUAGAUAAUAAAGAAUUAAAUACAGACCAAAAAAUAGUUACUACAGAUUCUAUAGAUAAUUUAAGUCUGCAUUCAAAGGAAGUAUUACUAAGAGUUGCAUCAAAAACAGAGACUUUUCGAUAUGGAAAUUUAGAUACACUCAUGCACUUUGCUAUAAGGGAAUCAUACUUGAAGCAAGUCAAUAAUUAUUUGCAAUUACCACAAGAUCCAAAUUUACAUAUUAUACAUGAAGAAGAUUUUAAUAAUGCUCUAGAAUCAAUAAGAAGCCUACAGAGUCAACAUCUAGAUGCACCAAAAAUUCAAAAAGUAUAUUGGGAAGACAUUGGCGGCUUGGAAAAACUAAAAAAGGAGUUACUAAAAACUAUUGAAUUUCCUAUUAAAUUCCCACAUUUAUUUAAAAAUUCUUCCCUCAAAAGAUCAGGUAUAUUGUUAUAUGGGCCACCAGGUUGCGGAAAGACUUUAGUAGCCAAAGCAGUUAGUACAGAAUUAAAUGUUAGUUUCAUGAGUGUUAAAGGUCCGGAAUUAUUGAAUAUGUAUAUUGGUCAGUCUGAAGAAAAUGUAAGGAAAGUGUUCGAAUCGGCGCGUGCGUCAUCGCCGUGCAUAGUGUUCCUGGACGAGUUGGACGCGCUGGCGCCGCGGCGCGGGUCAGCCGGCGACUCGGGCGGCGCGAGCGACCGCGUCGUCAGCCAGCUGCUGGCGGAAGUGGACGGCGUGAUUAGCGAUGCUGACGCAGACACUUCAAGUUUCGUAUUCAUAAUGGGCGCAACAAACCGGCCCGAUCUCCUGGAACAAUCUCUGCUGCGGCCCGGCCGGCUCGACAAACUGAUAUACGUCGGACCGUACUGCGGCCAGCAGGAGAAGACUUCCGUCCUUAAGGCUCUGUGCAGAAGCUACAAUCUUCGUCCAGAAGUAGACCUGGAGAAAGUGGCUGCGGCGUUGCCGGACCGUUGCACGGGCGCGGAUUUACUUCAAAUCGUAUCAACCGCUCGGUCGGCCGCUAUUCGUUCUCUUGUGGCCAAACUCAAUAGCGGAUUGAUCAAGGAAAGCGAUUUAAGUGCUGAUUCAGUCAUACUCGGUGUAUCGGAGUUGUGGCAAGGUGUUGAAUCGUUUCGACCUUCAGUUACUGAAGAAGAACUUCAUUACUACGAGUCUCUUCAAAACAUUAUGUAAAUGGGCUUAAUGGGAAUAAAAAUGUGAAAAUGUU